AAUUUUUAAUGUGAAAUUUUGAGAAAUUUGAGUCAAGUCGGAUUUCGCAGAAAAGUUAUGUCUUAUGUCGAUUGGUUAUGGUAUUGCGGUCAUAAAUCAUAAACUGUGCUCAUGAAAAGAUAAUUCGACGAUUUACUAUAUACUCGAUGCGUGUAAUUGAAGUGAAAGGAACAUUGUUCUGAUUUUUUCGCGUUUAUUGCCAAGGUGUGAUCCUAUGAUCGGUGCACAGUAAGCUUGACGAAUGUUCUUAUCUGAUAAUUCGGGUGUUUGUGAUUACAUCAUGUUCAACGUGACAUGAAAUUUCGGUUAUGAUCUGGAAUUCAAUUCUAAGUAGAACCGCGUUUAGUAGAUUUUCGUGUAAAGUUAGUUCCAUCGAAUCACUAGCUCUAUUUCGAUUGCUGAAAUUACGUAUCACUGUUAACCACUCGUUCGCUGAUAGUGCGUACAAAAAAGAACCUGAAAUCCAACCAACCACCAAAUCGAAUGAGUUCAACUUUCACGGUGACAAGAAUUGGGAUCGCGAGACGUUAUUGAAGGCUAUCAAAAGUAAAGAACAUUUCAUCGAAAGACUACGUUCCAAAGGCGGCGACAAAGAUUCUAUAAAGAAGGCUGUUGGAGAACUUUUGAAUAUGAAGAAGCAACUCCCCCCUGGUGAAAACAGUGCUUCGAAAGCUCAUCCGAUUGUUCUGAAACCUCCUAAAGGUACCCGCGAUUAUGGUCCGGAACACAUGGCUGUCAGGUCUAAAGUAAUCAAUGAUAUCGUUACUGUUUUCAAACGUCAUGGUGCUGUUACUAUCGAUACGCCAAUUUUCGAAUUGAAGGAAGUACUCACCGGUAAAUAUGGCGAAGAUUCCAAGUUGAUUUACGAUCUCGCAGAUCAAGGAGGCGAAUUAUUGUCGCUGAGGUACGAUUUAACCGUACCCUUUGCCAGGUACCUGGCUAUGAACAAAAUAACCAACAUCAAACGUUACCACAUAGCUAAAGUAUAUCGAAGAGAUAAUCCAGCCAUGACGAGAGGACGAUACCGCGAAUUUUUACAAUGUGAUUUCGAUAUAGCUGGCCAAUACGAUUCAAUGAUACCUGAAGUCGAAUGUAUCAGAAUAGCUUGCGAAAUACUCGCAUCUUUGAACGUUGGUCAGUUUCACAUUAAAAUAAAUCAUAGGUGUCUUCUAGACGGGCUUUUCGAAGCAUGUAAAAUUCACGAUUCGAAAUUCAGAUCAAUUUGUUCGUCAAUCGAUAAACUGGAUAAGGAAUCGUGGGAAAUGGUUCGAAAUGAGAUGACAGCUGAGAAAGGAUUAACUGACGAAGAAGCAGAUCAAAUAGGCAAAUAUAUCAGAAGAAACGGUACCACCGAUUUGGUCGAAGCUUUAUUGAAUGACGACUUCUUGAUGGUAUCCGAAUCUGCGAAACGUGGGUUAGAAGAAAUUAAACAAUUCUUGCAGUACUGCGAUUUAUAUCAAAUUAAAGAUAAAGUUAUAUUCGAUCUGAGUUUAGCUCGAGGCUUGGAUUACUACACAGGAUUAAUUUACGAAGCUGUACUCGAGUCAUCCAACAAAGAUGAAUCAGUAGGCAGCGUUGCUGCCGGCGGACGAUACGACAAUUUGGUUGGUAUGUUUGAUUCGAAGCAUAAAAGCGUUCCUUGUGUCGGUAUUUCCAUCGGUGUUGAACGUCUUUUCUCCGUAAUUGAAGCAAAAUUGGCUAAAGACAAACAAAAAGUAAAAACUGUUGAUACUCAAGUAUACGUAGCAUCUGCUCAGAAAAACUUAUUGGAAGAAAGAAUGAAAAUUUGUUGUGAACUUUGGACCAAUGAAAUUAACACCGAGCAAUCCUAUAAGAAGAAUCCUCGUUUAUUGCAACAAUUACAGUAUUGUGAAGAUAAUCAGAUCCCGUUAGCUAUAAUAAUUGGAGAAAGUGAGUUGCAAAAUGGCAUUGUAAAAAUCAGAAGCAUUGGUACUCGAGAAGAAGAGGAAAUACCUAGAGAGAAACUGGUCGAAGAAAUUAAAAAACGGCUGGAGAUUUUAUCGUAGAAAUUCGCAAUCGUUUUUAGUUCAAAAGUAUUUUUUCGACAUGAUUUUCGAGUUAACGUUUGUAAACUUGUUUAUGUUUCUUCGCGAAGUAUUUUAUGGUUUCCUGCGCUUCCUUGUGAUAGGGUGUAAUGCCUUUUUGUAUUAAUUUGUUUUUAAUCUUUAUAUAUAUAGUAUUUUCUUUUGUAUUUGAUAUCGUCAUGAAGUAGAAUUUGUCAGAAUGCAUGAUACGUUCGAGGAAUAACACUGAAUGUUUUAAUUCUUGUGUACGUAGGUUUGUUUUUAUUAAUAAAUCGCACUUUACAACGCGAA